AUCCAGGCUCCUGUUUGACCUGAUGCUCGCGGUCCCUUGUGUCCCCAAGCCACCACGCGUGAGGGCUGCUGCUCCGAGCCAGGGCCUGGCCCCGAGGAGGAUGUCUCAGCGGCCAGCCAGCUUCCGUCUACACCAUGAGUGAUGAGCGGCGGCUGCCUGGCAGUGCGGUGGGCUGGCUGGCAUGUGGGGGCCUCUCCCUGCUGGCCAACGCCUGGGGCAUCCUGAGUGUGGGUGCCAAGCAAAAGAAGUGGAAGCCGCUGGAGUUUCUGCUGUGCACGCUUGCGGCCACCCACAUGCUCAACGUAGCGGUGCCCAUCGCCACCUACGCCGUGGUGCAGCUGCGGCGGCAGCGCCCCGACUACGAGUGGAACGAAGGCCUCUGCAAGGUCUUUGUCUCCACCUUCUACACCCUCACCCUGGCCACCUGCUUCUCCGUCACCUCCCUCUCCUACCACCGCAUGUGGAUGGUCCGCUGGCCGGUCAACUACCGGCUGAGCAACGCCAAGAAGCAGGCGGUGCAUACGGUCAUGGGCAUCUGGAUGGUGUCCUUCGUCCUGUCCGCCCUGCCUGCCGUCGGCUGGCACGACACGAGCGAGCGCUUCUAUGCCCACGGCUGCCGCUUCAUCGUGGCUGAGAUCGGCCUGGGCUUCGGCGUCUGCUUCCUGCUGCUGGUGGGCGGCAGUGUGGCCAUGGGUGUGGUCUGCACAGCCAUCGCCCUCUUCCAGACACUGGCUGUGCAGGUGGGGCCGCGGGCCGGACACCGCGCCUUCACCGUGCCCACCAUCGUGGUGGAGGACGCGCAGGGCAAGCGCCGCUCCUCCAUCGACGGCUCUGAGCCUGCCAAAACCUCGCUGCAGAUCACGGGCCUGGUGGCCACCAUCGUCAUCAUCUACGACUGCCUCAUGGGCUUCCCCGUGCUGGUGGUGAGCUUCAGCAGUCUUCGGGCGGACGCCUCGGCACCCUGGAUGGCGCUGUGUGUGCUGUGGUGCUCGGUAGCCCAGGCCCUCCUGCUGCCCAUGUUCCUCUGGGCCUGCGACCGCUACCGCGCUGACCUCAAGGCCGUCUGGGAGAAGUGUGUGGCCCUCAUGGCUAACGAUGAGGACUCGGACAAUGAUACCAGUCUGGACGGUGGCGUUCCCCCGGACCUGGUGCUGGAGCACUCCCUCGACUACAACUAUGGAGGUGACUUUGUGGCCCUGGACAGGAUGGCAAAGUAUGAGCUCUCGGCCUUGGAGGGGGGCCUGCCCCAGUUCUACCCGCUGCGGCCCUUGCAGAAGGACAAGAUGCAGUACUUGCAGGUCCCGCCCACGCGACGCCUCUCCCACGACGACGCGGAGGUGUGGGCCGCCGUCCCGCUGCCCGCCUUCCUGCCGCGCUGGGGCUCGGGCGAGGACCUGGCCGCCGUGGUGCUGCCCGCUGGGCCUGACCGACGCCACGGCAGCCUGCUGGCCUUCGCGGAGGACGCGCCCCCGUUCCGCCCGCGCCGCGGGCCGCGCCCGGCCGUGCACGCGCACGCGGGACCCCUGAGGACCAGCCUGAGCGCGUCGUGGGGCGAGCCCGGGGGCCUGCGCGCGGCGGGCGGCGGCGGCGCUGCCGGAAGCACCAGCAGCUUCCUGAGCUCGCCCUCCGAGUCCUCGGGCUACGUCACGCUGCACUCGGACUCGCUGGGCUCCGCGUCCUAGGGCCUGCUGUUGCUUACCCACGCGCGCCCGGCGGGCCGGGCCGCCCGCAGGGACUAAAGCACCAAAGAUGCCACGCUGACCCAGGCCGGGUUCCGGGCAGCACCACGGAACAGCCCUCCCUGUGUGACCGAGCCAUGGGUAUUGCCUGCAGGGGCGGUGGCUGCACUGGACCGCUUCUGGGUACGGCAUCACGGGGCAGAGCGAGGCUGGACUUGGGUAAAGGCGGGCUCUGCACGCCCUGAUGUGCCUCGCCCAGCCUUGGGCAGCGGGAUUGUGAGGAUGGGGGUGGCAGCAAGGAGCCCCGGGGGACAGGGCCACCACCAGACAGAACCAAGCCCAGCCCUGCAGAAGCAGGAGCCACGGGAGUGACUGCACCCUGCUUUCCACUUUGCACUGUAACUGUCUCACCUCAGCGAGGGGCAGGGUACAGAGGGUCUCUAAGCACAGGGGUCUUCAGAGCCCAAACAAACUCUCUGAGCAGGUGUUCCUGCUGACCAGUUCUGCCUCGGUUUCCCCAUCUGUAAUGAGCAGGUGACCAUAUUAACUCUCAGGACUCUUGGAGAAGUCUCCUGGUCUGUGCACCGGCCACUGCAUGGACAGGGUGUAAGAGUGUCUAGGGCCCUCUGUGGGUCCUCUGUGGGGGUCAGUCUUCAGUGUGUGGCCUCUGUGCCUGAGACCUCCCACCCUCAGUGCCCCUGGCCCCCCCAGGCACUCACCCCACCCACACCCCAGCUAAAGCACAACACUUUGCACCAUCACCCACCUUGACCACUGUUAGUGGCCCUCAUCACUCUCCCCACCAAGCCAGCCACCUCUAGGACUCCCGCCAUGAAGAUUGUGGGUCCAUGCUGGCAAAGAACUGAAGCAAAGGGAGAAUGGGCUUCCUUAUCCUGAUGCCCGCGGGAAGGGGUCCUGGUUUAGAGGCCUCCCAGGUUCUGGGUUUAAGGCCUGGUCCCUGCUGAGGGUCUUCCCUCACCCCGGGGGGGCAGACCCCUUGCUGCCCUAGGCUUUGCCAUGGGCCUUGGGGAGGGGCCUGCUGGGUCUUCCAUGGAGAGAGACCCUAGAAUCAGGCUAAGCAGAGGCCUGGGAACAGCUGUGACCUUGAGCUGAAAGGACAGGGGCGAAUGCAGAGGUGGUCUCAUCCUGGCGCCUGCCUCCACACAACGGCUCUCCCCAGGAAGACCUGGAGCCCGGUCCAGGGCCAGCAGGGAGCCUGCCUGGACUGUGCUCCCUCCUGCUCUGCAGCCUGGAAUUGCAGCCCCUCCCCGACCCUCCCUCCAGUGGCCAAGUCUAUUUCCUCACCCAGCUGACAAGGUCUCAGCCCCAGAAGAGGCCCCUGGGAGGGGCAAGGAUAGAGGACUGGCUCCAUCUCUGCUUCCAAGCCACCCCCCGCCCCAGUCCCUGGCUGGCGGGUAACUUGGGAGGGAUGAGCUGGCCACAGGUGAGCAAGGCAGGAAACUGCAGUACAGCCUCAGCCAUGGGAGGGGCCACCUCUGGCCAAUGCUGCUGUGCCUUCAAGGACCAACAUGUCACGUGGGGGCAGAGAUCCUCAGCUAGCCACUGUGUCAUUCCCCCCCUCCCCCACCCACCCCUGCUCAGGCCACAUUGGGUUUUUACUCUGUGUACUUCAUAUCCAAUGGCAAUACUUGCAGGGAGACAUGGUACCCCAAAGUCCCUCCAGCUCUGGUUUUUACAAAAAUAAAGAGGAGGGAGGACCCCAAACGGAGGACCCUGGGGCCUGGGGCUCCCUCUCACACUUUGUAAGCCUCCAGGCCUAUUUGCUGCAUUCGUAAGCAGCUUGACCCUGGGCUCACAGGGGAGGGAGCUCUGUCUUCAAUACCACCACUCACCCAGAGCCAGGGAUCCGUUUGUAGUUUUUUGACAACUAAGCAUUUCUCUUCUGUACAGAAUACAAUAAAAACUUCCUAUGAUUUGCA